AGUUGGCACGGUCACCCGGGGCUCCGAAGGACCCGUCCACUCUGUGACAGAUGGACAAUGCAAGAAUGAGCUCUUUCUUGGAGUACCCCAUCCUGAACGGGGGAGACGCGGGGACUUGCUCCGCCCGAGCCUUCCACCCGGACCAUGGGAUUACAACUUUCCAGUCCUGCGCGGUCACUGCCAACAGCUGCAGCGGCGACGAUCGCUUCGUGGUGGGCAGGGGGGUCCAGAUCAGCCCCCACCACCACCAUCACCACCAUCACCACCCCCAGACAGCCGCCUACCAGCACCACAACAACCUGGGUAUGUCCUACUCCCACCCGACCUGUGGCCCGGGCUAUGGCACGCAGAACUUCUCCGCAGGUUACGGCCCCUACUCAUUAAAUCAGGAAGCAGAUGUAAAUGGUGGGUAUCCCCAGUGCGCUCCCGCUGUUUACUCUGGAAAUAUUUCAUCUCCCAUGGUCCAGCAUCAUCACCACCAGGGUUAUGCCGGGGGCACGGUGGGUUCGCCUCAGUACAUUCACCACUCAUACGGACAAGAGCAGCAGAACCUGACUCUGGCAACUUAUAAUAAUUCCUUGUCCCCUCUCCAUGCCAGCCACCAAGAAGCCUGUCGCUCCCCUUCGGCGGAGACAUCUCCUCCAGCACAAACCUUUGACUGGAUGAAAGUAAAAAGAAAUCCUCCGAAAACAGGGAAAGCCGGUGAAUACGGAUACGUAGGUCAACCCAAUACGGUGCGCACCAAUUUCACCACGAAGCAGCUCACCGAGUUGGAGAAGGAGUUUCAUUUCAACAAGUACCUGACACGGGCCAGGAGGGUGGAAAUAGCUGCCUCCCUGCAACUCAAUGAGACCCAGGUGAAGAUCUGGUUCCAGAACCGUCGCAUGAAGCAGAAGAAGCGCGAGAAGGAGGGCUUGCUCCCCAUCUCCCCCGCCACCCCUUCUGGAAGCGAGGAGAAGACAGAGGAAUCGUCGGAGAAGUCCACUUCGUCUCCUUGCGCCCCUUCCCCCGCUUCCUCUACCUCAGACACUCUGACUACCUCCAACUGAGAUGGUCCCGGGCCCCCCACACUGCCCCCAGUGCAGGAUUCCAACCCCAAAGCACAUUCUUAGCUUAUCUUCCUCCUCAUUUACAGUGGCUCUCUCUUUCCUUCUGAUGUUAUCUUCGGGUCAUUUUCAGGCUAGGUCAGUCCCUGCGUUCUAGAGAAUUCGGGCCCAGCAGCCGGGGAGGAUGGGUGAGCUCUCUUGGCCAAACUUGGGUGGCAGAAUCGAUUUUGCGAUGACCUGGGCAGCUUUUUUCUUUCUUUCUUGAUUUCAUUUUCUUCUCUGAUAAUCUAUCAGGAGCAACUUUUGGCUGCAGACACCAUUUGAAAUAGCUCCACUUAACCCCAGAAAGAUGCAACUGGUCAUAUCUGCUACACUCACCUCAUACAUUUUACCUCUUACCUGAUACAGAAGGCAGGCAAGGGAGAGAGAGAGAGAGAGGGAGAGAGAAUAGGGUGUGUCCAGGACCUCAUGAAGAGAUGCACUAUGAAAGUGUUUACACAAGUUCAGUAGCUUUCAUCCUUUAAUUUAAUGAUUCAUUUUCGUGUGUGUGAGUUUGCUGGUUGUAAAUACUUUGUCUGAGAGAUUUAUCUUUAUACAGAUUUUCUAGAAAUGAUGUUUAGAUUAAGUGAUUAAAACAGGGUGGACAAACUCUCAAGGCUGGGUACAAUUUUGUAUGAUUAACAGUGACAAUAAUAAACCAUCCAACAACUGGUUAAACCCAAGCAGGUGCCUCAAAGAGUAGCACUAUUUGUUUCACUGGGAUAAGAAGGCCUACAUUGCACUGGGUUUUGUAAACCUUGCUUGGUGUGCUGUGUCUCUCUCCUCAACUCCUCCCCCCUUUUAGCCUUUCUCCCCUCAUCCUCCCACCUGAAACCUGUGUUGGAUUGUUCUGAUCCUAAGGGUAUAUUAUCCAAAACAAGUUCUUAUUUCCACCGUGAUCUUCCCUUAGAUUUGAUGUAUUUCCAACCCAAUCGUAAAUGUGAUGAAUGGCGAAAUGAAUGUAUAUUUUAUGUGAUUUGUGAAUAGACUUUUGCAUGAUGCACAAUGUUUUGAUGUCUCAAAUGUACUUCACUGAGUUCUAUCAGUUGUCCUUUGUGAUCCAAUGAUAUAUCCGAGUCUCUGUACAAUCAUUAAAGGUUCUGAGAUUCUGAGUGAUGGAAUCCAGAGCAGAAUUUACGGGUCCUAAAAUAUCUGUAAUAAAUAUAUUCAAAUUUCAGGUAUGCUCGA